UGGAGUCUCUUUUGACAGCAAUUUCAACCUGUAUGCGCUGUUCAUAUUCCCCAUAAUCCCAAGUUCCCAACAUAUACCUCGCAACGCCCACCAGAUGCGGUAUAGCGUGCAAACCUGAUUCUCAUAAACUCGGCUUGGACGCACACAUGUGAACGACGUCGUGCACUAUAUAUUGAAGCUCUCGUUGUCACUAUCACUGGUCUGUUUUACUUUCCUCUGAUCAGUGAGUCUUGGUUCGUUUAUCGAGUAGCGCGUCCUUUCUGUGUUCUCCGACGCCCGUCUGUCCGCCGACCAUACCACAACUCUGAAUCAUUAUCAAAGACAAUGGACGCUGCUAAAGGGGCAGCAUCUAAAAUCGCCGAAGGCGAGAAAGAGAUAGGAAGGCGUUUGACUGUCCUCUGGCAUGAACUACAGCCGUGGCAGCAAGACAAUCACUAUAUACACAGUGGCUACCGUCCAGUUUCGAACUCAUACGCGAAAUCGAUCAAGAGCCUGAGAUACAUCCACAAUGAGACCGUAAACGUCUACUCUCAUCUUAUUGGCGCUACACUCUCAAUAGUAUGCUAUGCCAUUGCGUAUACCGUAUUUCGACCGCGAUAUCAGGCAGCGACAAUAGAGGAUGUCUUUGUCUUCAGCUGCUUCUUCCUAGGCGCUGCGGCGUGCUUAGGUAUGAGCGCGACAUACCACUUGAUAUCGAAUCAUUCGCAAGAUGUCAGCCAUUUCGCCAAUAAGUUGGACUAUCUAGGCAUUGUUGUGCUUAUUUGGGGAUCUUUCAUUCCUUGUAUCUACUACGGAUUCCAAAGCAAGCCACAGCUGAUCUAUCGGUACUGGACUAUGAUCACUACCAUUGGCGUGUGCACAGCAACCGCAUGUAUUCACCCCAAGAUGCGCUCCCCAGCCCUUCGACCUUUUCGAGCAUUGAUGUUUGUACUCAUGGGUCUCUCCGCAUGCGCACCCGUUGCCCAUGGAUUGGAGCUGUUCGGUAUUGAGGAACUACGAAACGUAUUGGGGCUAGACUGGGUGCUCCUACAAGGCGCUCUCUACAUACUGGGCGCAGGUAUCUACGCCGCGCGAGUGCCCGAAAGACUACGACCAGGAAAAUUUGAUAUUUGGGGGUCGUCUCAUCAAAUAUUUCACGUUCUCAUCGUGAUUGCGGCCGUGGCUCAUCUGUGUGGCCUCGUCAAAGCAUUUGAUUAUGCACAUGGCCAGAGAAAAGGACUGGUGUAUUUGACAUUUCUGCACAAGCUGAAGGCGAAUUAA